AUGCAACAAAAUUCUAAGCAUUCUGAAAUUCAGACUUAUUUGAAGUCCCUUCCAGAGAUAAAGUCCCAGAGUAAAGCAGAUUGGUAUUGGGCCAAUUUUGCGAACCAAAAAAGGACAAACCCUGUGACUUUCAAUGAGUGUGUAGGGUUUUGGAAAAAGGUCCUGUAUGAAACUAGCAGGCAAGGUUGGCUAGGAAAAGACAUUAUUUGUUUAGAUACAAGUGAUAGCUUUGAAGAUAAUUUUAAAAAUAAUGGCUACAGUCCGAUGAGUCUUCGUUGCGUCAUUAAUGAAUUGUACUUAAAUUCAGAAUUAAUACCUUUAGAAGAGUUUUUAUCUGCUCAAACUCAAACAUGGACAAAUUGGGUGAUUUCAAAACUAUUAUCACCGAUACAAAAGAUUGCUGGUGCAGAUCAUCCAACUAAAUGGGUUGUGGUAGAAACGCUCAAAGAAGCUGCUAAUCGAGUCCUUCAACAUCAAGAAAAAUAUGCUAUCCACGGAAUCACUGAUAACCUUUACACGAUGAAAACUUUUAAGGCCGAAUUUGCAGCUGUGGCAAUUCCGGAUUCUGUGAUGUCAGAAGUCGAUUUAAAGGUGGUGAUAACAUAUUUAGAAGUUGAGAAAAAGAUUUUAGUAACAAGUACUUAUGGGAGCGCGAAUGAAGAUAACAUGAUAAUCAAAUUCCAAGCGAAAAAUAAAAAUGACUAUAAGCUCGAAGUCACGUCAACAGAUCGCGGUAUUGUUACUAUCAAGGAAACGUGUCAGAAAUUGCAUCAACAAGUUCAAGAUAUUGAAGCACGGAUAAAAGAGAUUUCGACAAAACUUAAUGAACAUAUUAUUCUUAAGCAAAAGGUCAUGGCCAAAUAUUGUUUGCGACAGAAAAAGCACCUCGAACAAGUUGUAUCAAAGAGGCUUGGAUCAUUAGAAACAGUUGAAGGAAUUUUAUCGAAGAUUCAAGGGGCCGCAAGCGACGCUGAAAUAAUCGAAAUAUAUAAUGUUGGAGCAAAUACUUUAAGAGACAUUUUUGAAUCAUCUGGACUCACCGCUGAUUCGGUGGAAGCAACGAUGGAUAAAUUGCAGGAAGUUUUCGCAGAUCAACAAGAAAUUGAUGAUGCUAUGAAAAUAGGUGAUUCAUUAAUCGAUACGACGGUUGGUCAGGACGAGGAAUUGGAAAAAGAGCUUGAUGCAUUAUUGAUAGACGAAGAAGUGGUCAAAGAAUUCCAAGGGAAAUUAAAAUUAGAACCUUUGACAAUAAAAGAAUCAAACGAAAAUGAUGUUUUGUCUCCAACAUCAGUGCCAGAGAAAUUAUCCAUACAAACCGAGGAAAAUGAAGAGAGAACUGCAAUUCCGUUACAUUAA